AUGCCUUCCCUCUCCACCAUCUUCGGCCUCUCCGCAGCCACCGGCGAUCCCAAUUUGAUGGUCGCCGAGUACCUCAUCGCCAACAUCCUGCUCUCGCACACAUUUUCCUCCGCGCGCGUCCUCAAGAUGCGAUUCGGCCUCGACAACCACAUCUCCCCGCGUGCCGACCUCGAGCGCUUCGGCCCGCGCGCCGUCCUCGAGGGCCGCCUCAGCCAGGCCCAGCUCGACAUGCUCAAGCGCAACGAGGCCGCGCACGGCAACUCGAUGGAUCACCUGCCCGUCUUCGCCGCGGCCCUGAUCCUCGCAAAGGUCGCGGGGCUGCCGGCGGCGGACAUCAACUACGUCGGCCUGACGUACACGCUCACGCGCAUCGCGUACGUGGGGAAUUACUUGGUGAGCAGCUCGCUGCUGGGGGCGUCGUUGAGGCCGGUUCUGUGGUGGACGGCGAAUCUGCUCUGUCUGAGACUUAUUUGGCGGGCUGGGAAAGCUUUCAACUGA